AUGUGGGGAUAUGACCUGUACACAAACUCAGCAAAUAAUUAUUACCAGCCUGGAAGACUAUUUGCCAUGCAUAGAUCGCAAGCAGGAAUACCAAAUGGACAGMAAUAUCCACCCCAAGACUUCGCGCCAAUUCCACAAUCASCGAGUCCAACGCCAAGCUGCUCUCCUUCGGUAGGCCUUGAAACUAGUACACCAGUUGAGGAACAUAAUAAAGCUGGAAGAAGCUACGAUAAGUGGACAGAAGAGUCAGAAAAAAUUSUAGUACAGCUUUGGCAGGAAAAGCACACACGGUUGGAAUCAAAGAAUGCCAGAAAAGUGUGGGAUGAGACUGCGACUAAAGUCUCUAAAAUCGAAGAAGUUACAGUGGCACAGUGUCAGCGUAAAAUGAAGUAUUUGAAGGAUAAAUACCAAAAAGCAAAGGAUCACAACAGGAGGCAAACAAGAGGCAGUCCUAAGACUUCUCCAUACUAUGACGAGCUCGAUUCUGUCCUUKGCUGCCGUGACUCCGUCACAUUAGAUAACGUUGAAGAGUCUGAUGCAAAAGCCAACUCAUCAUCUUCUAAGAGGUCUGAUGAUCAGCAAUCGGAAGAUGAUUUUUUUGAAUUUAAAAAGGGGAAAAAGCGUCGACAGAAGGAAAGAAAUGAUUUGGAUACUUCAGUUGAAGAAGAGGACGACGACGCAUUUAAAAAGAGCCUAGAGAGUUUAAGUGCACAGGGAGAUCGCCUCACUAGCGUCCUUGAGUCAAUGGAAAAAAACCAAGGCGGACAMCUAAAACUUAUAAACAACUUUAUGCAAGGCUUUCUAAAGGCAAUAUCUAAUAAUCAGUAA